AGCAGGCAGUGCGCUCUGCUAGGAGAGUGAGGCAAGCGUCGCAAAAGCGCGACGACAGAGGGGAAAGGCAGUGCUGGACGAGGAAAUUCAGGACGACUAAAACAUACUUAUUGUAUGGCCCCUUUAUCAUCCACGAUGAAUUCUAUUCAAGGGCUAGUCUCUCAAGAAGAAAAACUACAUGAACGCAGAAGCGCGGACAAAGAGGAGGCUCCGAACAACGAUAAAGCGACUGUCAAAGGAUGUAAAAGCAAAGCUUUGAGUCUUCCGUUCAGUGUGGAAUCUUUAAUAUCAGACAGAACAACAACGAGGACUUUAUACACGUCAUCUGAAUCGGGUAUUAUAUCUCCGACAUCGGGUACAGAUGAGCGACUGCGGCUCUCACCCAUGGCUCUUUACGCAGAUAGAAAAACCCAAAUGGAGAGUGUCACCAACCUAUCCGACUCCAAGAGAGGAGAUAUGGAGGAGCUUAGUAACAAGGGACAGUCCAGCUGGUUUCAGACCCCAUAUGCCUCUCCACCAAGACACUCAAGUCCACCCCCGUGCCCCCUCAGAAAGCACAAGAACAAUCGAAAACCGCGGACCCCGUUCACCACAUCGCAGCUGCUUGCUUUGGAGAGAAAAUUUCGUCAAAAACAGUAUCUUUCCAUCGCAGAAAGAGCGGAAUUUUCCAAUUCACUCAAUCUUACUGAGACUCAAGUUAAAAUUUGGUUUCAAAACAGACGGGCGAAGGCAAAGAGACUUCAAGAGGCCGAGUUAGAGAAACUGAAACUUGCAACCAAGCCGUUAUUACCUGCGUUUGCUUUUCCGUUCCCACUAGGAACACAUGUUGGUUCUCCAUCCCUCUACGGACCGUCCAGUCCCUUUCCUAGACCUGCGUUACCCGUCCCAGGACUUUUCGGUGGGCCAGUGACCUACGGGAUGUAUUACUUGUCUUAA